CUCAUUGGCCCGCAGGACAUUUGACUUUGACACCCCUAGUCUAAGGGAUGUCUUGCCUUACCUUACCUUGUCUCUCUAUCACGUCUAUUUCUAUGUGCGGCUGCACCGUUGCCAUGGUGAGGACGACUGAAACUGGAGUUGAUACCUUGGCGUCACCAUUGCGCGUGUACAAAAUCCUCAACGGAUAAACGGAUAUAAACAGACAUUGAAGUUGAAAAGCUUCAGAUGUGUGAGGGACCUUCAUCAAUAUCUGGGCCAAUUCCCCCAGAUCCCUCUCUGUUUCCUCAAAAUUACCAACGUCCUGCCACAGCUCGUGGUCGUUUAGAAGGAAACCAUGGUGGGACUUUGGCUCUUCUCUCAGGGCCUCUUGCUCCAGACCACGUGUUGUAUCCGGGCAGCUACAGCGCCCGCACCCCGGCACAUCCUCCCCGUGUCAGGCCUAAUGCUACUCAUAUUCUAGAACGAGGACAAAGAGGGGUGAUAGGGCAACUACUCAAACUAGAUGGUGUUUCCGUUUCCCCUGUUCCUAAACAGAAGCAGAGAGUGCAUGAUUUUUGCAAAGAAAAUGUGCGUCGUCUUCGAGAAAUCCAGAGACGCUGCAAAGAGCAGGAGGCUGUGAGAGCACAGUCCCAUCCCGUCCCAGUCAAAGCUCUCUGGACGUCCUCCAAAUACGAGAACGUCCCAUCAAAGGUCGUGGUCCAGCUGCAGAUUUCUAGUCCAACCACUAAACCACAGUGUCAAAAUUAUCUGAAGGGCCACUCUUCUGCUCCACCAAGACCUCGCUCCAAAACGUCUUCUGCAGCGCUGCGGCGCUCUGCGUCCUGCAUUGAUACACGUGACCAGGAUUUGCAAUUACAGGUGGAAGGUCAGACCAUCGACUUCAUUAGACAUAAUGCUAAGACUGCAGCAAAAACGGUGCUGCGUCGGUCCCAGUCACUGACAAACCUCAGAAAUAUACCUGUUCCCAGUGCAGUCAAGGGACAGGUGCCUCAGUAUCUUGAGGAAAGGAAGGAACAAUGGCGAAGAGAGGAGGAGGAAAGGAGGAGGAACACACCUGAUCCUAGAACCCCAGCUGGUCACACGCUGAUGCCUGAAAGCGAGAGGCAGGAGACACUGAAAUCCCUCAAAGAGACCCAUCGCUCCCUGGUGGAUGAGCUGCUCUCUCUUCCUCUCAAAGCCGACAAUCUGAGUGUUCGCUCACGAAGAGCUCACCUUGACUGUAGGCUUUCUGAAAUCGAGGAGGCCAUUAAAAUAUUCUCAAGGGACAAAGUUUAUGUAAAAAUAGAUUCAUAACACACAGAGGAAGAGGAGGAGGGGGAGAGGGAAGGAAGAGGAAGAGAUAAGUGUUUUCUCUAGUUCAUAGAUGCAUUAUGAAAACACAACACUAAAGCUUGAAAUACAUGGUUUUAAAAAGUUUCAUUUUGUAAAACUGUAUUAAAAGGGUUGUAAUUAUAAACACAGAGUUUACUGAAUAUUGUUUAAUUUACAAAGGCAGAUGCUUUGUUUUUAAGGUCCUUCAAUAUUAGUCACAGAAAUGUGAUUAUUUGACCUGACAUUUUUAAUUGAAACUCGCCAUGUUUUUACAGUUUUUGUCAAUUUUGUGAAUUUUCAGAUCAGAAUUUAAAUUUGUAAUACUACAACCUCCAUAUCAUUCAGUCACAUGUGCACAUGUUAUAAAUGCUUUAGCACAUUCAUGCAAACAUUUCUCUACUAUUGUCUGCUGUUUCCUACAUAAUCAGUUGUUUAUGUUGAUCUAACUGUGUUACACUGGUUACCACCCCAUAACAUCUAGGCUUUAUCUAGAAUUGUACCAUAAUGUAAUAAUCCAUCAGGCAUUAUUUACUCUCUAUACUAUACUAUACUAGACUUUUUUGACACCUCAACAGUAAUGGCGCAUUUGAAAGAUGGUGCUAAAAUAAGCUUUUUGCACCAUGGAGGACCAAGGGGGAUACAGAGAGAAUUAUUUUUUAAUUUUAUUUUGUGCUAUGCAGUGCUGUAAAAAGACAUGCUUUUAAAUUCCUAUAUUGCAGUGGCAAAGUGCUAUACAUUGUUCAUAGAUCAACAAUUACAUACAUGUAAAUGUGAGUCCUGUGUGAGCUCUUGUUUUCAUUGACGCACACUGAGUUACUUUGUGCUGUUGAAAAUUAUAAAUGCUAUAUGGCAGAAAAAGUACAUUUUCAAUAAUGUUAUCAAACCAUAUUUACAUCAGAUCUUUAUCAUUCAGUACACUGACUCAAUGUUCAUUGGCAGAAGUACCCAUUAUGUGGAGCUAUUCAUACAUAUUAGAAUUAGAAUUUGCUCACACACCAAUUAGUGAUAGUGAUUUUGUCCUCUGUAUUUAAGUCAUCCUUAUGACACAAGCCAAGUGCAGGAGCAGUGGGCAGG